CGAGCUCAGCUGUCAGGUGCGCGUCAUCGUGUGCCACCGAUCAGUCUCCGCGCGCUCUGCUUACUGACUCCGAGAUGUUGCACGGUCCUACCUGACUUUUCUUAGCCGUUUCUCUGCUCCUGCACGUGAAACAGAGCUCGACAGUUCCGCUGCCUGCGAGCCGAGAGGAGCGAGCGGGUUAUCAUGAGUUGUCUGGAUGUUAUGUACCCGGCUUAUGGUCAUUACGCACCGUACGCGCACAAAGCUUCAGCGUUCAUCAGCACUUUACCGGCACCCCUUGGUCUGAGAAGCCCCUCGUCUCGCUGUAGGGAUCCGAUGGACAGCGUGGGGGCCCCGUGCUGCUCGGAGGGUGUCCUGGUUUCUGCCAAAAGUUCCAGCUCGGGGGGUCCGUCCCCAUCACCGUAUCCUUCAGCUGGACAGGUAGAGGAGGCUAGGAAGGACAAAGAGGUCAGGGAGGCAGAAUACCUGAGCUCACGAUGUGUCCUCUUCACCUAUUACCAAGGGGACAUUAGCAGCGUGGUGGACGAACACUUCUCCAGAGCUCUCAGCACCUACAUGGAGGCCGAGGGUAAAAAGAGGCACAGUGAUCCCAACACAGAUGCUUCAUCCUCAAGCAGUCGGUGCAGUUUCCCUCCAUCUUUCUGGGACAGUAACUACCCCUCUCUACCCAGCCGACCCCACUGUGAUCCCACAGGCGUUCCUAGCUAUGCUAUGGACCCCUACGCCCAGGCCCUGCACCCGGGUCUGCCUCACUCACACGCUCACCCGCACCCAUCAGAGUCCUGGAGCUACUCUCAGAGCCAGCCCUAUCCCCCCCCACGGCCCCUCCACGAACUGUACUCCCCUCCUGGGCUGGAUGCCCACUACGGACCCCUACUGAUGCCUGCUGUCCGGCCGCCUCAUCUUCCGACGCUGCCCAGGCACUAUGAUGUGGGAAAGCUGGAACCCACCCCAACAUGGCCAGGGUUGCUUCCGCCUGGGGAAGUGGCACAAAGUCUGGCUCUCAACAUGGAAUCAGGUCUCCAGCACCACAAGAAAGGGAAGGAGCUCUACUGGUUUUAAUGAGAAGCCCUUCAUCGACCAUCCAAUUAAAGUCUGCAGUUUGGCCCAUUGUAGCUGAACCAUUGUUUCUUUAGCCUCCACACACAGCGGCUCUCUUCACCAGCUCUGCACACGCUCUGAACACGCUCCAGGACUAUUGGUGUGCACCAUGGAGAUAUGAACAUAGGGUGAUGAGAGAACACCUUGGGGAGGCAGGGGCACUAGACCACAUGGUCUUUCUGUUUUUUGAUCUGUUUUUCUCUUUUUGAUAUUUUAAAAAUUAAUUUAUUGUGGUGUAAAAAUCCAGCUUGCCCUCUACAGUUCUUUGUUUCGACGGUGAGAUGCAAGAAACAUUGCAUGGUGCAGUAUAUACACAAAAUCAUAUAUUUUCUA